AUGACUCGACAAAACCUGAAGAUAAACUAUCUGACGGCUGAUAAGAAGAGUGAUGAGGGAGCACUUAAGAAUGGUGGUGCUGGCGGAGGUGAUGAAGAAGCUGUCAACCAGUCUGCAGCGAACAUCGAUGAAGCAAGAACUGAGGCAUCCAUUUUGAGGUCGCCUCAUUCGCAGGAUCACCCACAUCCCCACCACCAUCUCGUGCCCACCAUACUCUCCAGUUUGUUCUCCAAAUUGAGGAUCAAACAAAAACGAAGCUCCCACCAUGAAAUUUCAAAUACGUUUGACUUGAACAACGAAUCUGAUCCCAGCAGACGCAAACGGCGGGAGUCUGAUCCUGUUUUUAAAUCCAUCGACAGGAAACGAGGAUCGCAUAAAACUUUCUGGAGCGCGAGGACUCAAAAAGAGAGGCCACAUUUGGGAUCGUACGAGCACAAGACAACCUUAAAGUCGGAAAAAAUUGAUCAGCUGUGGGGGAGUGCAGAGAAUGAUCUGAACGUCGCCAGCAACAGCAACAACGACGAUGAGACCAGCAUUGGCCUCAGUCUCGACAACAAAAGCAAUCUCGAAGAGAACAUUCAACCGAAGCAACACGUCGUCAGUUUCACAAUGCCCGUCGUGUCGUCCAGUUUGACAUCACUACAACAACAGCAAGAAAAACAACAGAUCUUUUCAGAACAACCACAGCCGCAACCACAGCCGCUACAACAGCCGCAACAACAACCACAACAGAAGCGACACAGUCAAGAAAAUUUAGACAAACAAGUGAAAGCGAGGCAUACAAAGACGAAAAGUUUAGACUUGCGGAACAGUAUACGCAUGAGCAUUGGACGAAAGUUCAACUCUUCAAGUACAAAUCGCGCACUGUUCUUUCCCAAAUCUAUAAAUAACCUGAACUUGCGGGAUUCCCCGUCUGAUAUAAAUAGCAACCUGCGGAAGCUGCUGUGUGACGGAGGGGCAGGCGAGUGCAGCUCGAAUGUCUUCAUCAGCAUCGGCAUGCCUCUCCAACUUUCACAAGUCUUCCAGGCUGUUCAAAAUUUGAUUAUUAAAAUUCUCAUCCAAGGUGAGGACUAUCUCAUAAUUCUCUUUCAUUUCAACUGCAUGUUUCAUCGAACUUUGGUCUCGUUACAUUCAUUUGUAGAUUUGCACACAGAAAUUGUGUCCGCCAAAUUUGACUUCAAUAAAUAUUUUGAUGUCUUUAAUGUGCACAAUGCUAGAGUGAGGGUGUGUGAGGAAGAUGAGGCAGCAAUCAGGAAGGAGAUUUUGAAGUUUUCCCUGCUCCUGUCGUCAUCUGUGGCCUCCAAAUCCACCGAACUGAACCUUUCAAUAUUGAAGCAAAAGUUUCCUCAGAUGUUCCACAGCAUUUGUUUGUACAGCGAGAUUAGCUCGUUGUUGGGUGGUUCCAAGUUUCGAUUGGAGGCAAGGCGCUUCAUUCAAGAACUUUUUGCUGACCUAGAUUUCAAUGAGGUCAGAUCGCUUUUAAGACAUUUCAACAUUUUCAUCAUCAUCAACAACAUUAACAACAACAACAUUAACGUCAUCAACAACAUUAACGGCAUCAUCAAAAUCAACAACAACUUCAAUAACAACAUCACUAUCAACGUCAGUGGCAAAAACAUCAACAAUAUCAGCAAAAAUAUUUUCAUCUUCAUCAAUAUCAACAACAACAAUUUCAACAAUAUUAACAACAUCAACAACAUUAACACUGUCAACAUCGAAACGACUCCAGUAACAAUAUCAAAAAUCUCUCAUCUUGGUUCUGAGAUUUCUCAAAUAAAAUUGAAUUUUGAUGAAAUGUGA